CCUAAAUUCUCAUUCUGGAUUUUCCACGCUGGACCCCAUUUACAGCUCGUCAAGUCCUCACUACUGAGUUGUCCCUUGGACGCUGCGACUCCUGAGCUUUGCUUUUCUUGGGCUAAAAGGCAGCUGAGCUGGGUGAAGAGUGUUUUCUGGACUAACUCGCGAGCGGACCUAGUAGAUCCCUAAACGCAAUUCUCCUUGCGGGUUGGGGGUUCUUCCAGGACUCCCGCCAGCGCCAAUCAGGUCUCUUGAUACCUGCCCCCAUCCCAGGCCACCUGGAGGAGGCAGGAGGUUCUGGGCUGGGUACUCGACCAGCGCUCUCUCAGAGCCGGGGCGGGCAGAGCAGCCUCACGUGGGCCGGCCGGGCGGCUGGCGCUGGAAGGAAGGCGCGCUGAGCCCGAGGCAGUGCCGCGCGGGAGCCACGGCGGAGCUGAGCAGCCUGCACCGCGGUACCUACGGGGCAAUCAAUCGCCCACGCAGAGCGAGCGGUGCGGCCGCACAGCAGGCGGAUCUCUAAGCUGGGAGCGUGGAUGUGCCGGGCGCCAGAGCACUGUCGAGGGCGACUGAACACCCAGCAGGGACUGAUGAUGCCCUUGGCCGUGAUACACCCCCAGCUGCUAUCUGCUCAUGUUCAGCCCGCAUGACUGAGCCACAGCUGCUCCAGCUCUUUCCUGUCAUCGUUCCCUUCACUGAGUCCGCUGCGGCCCCCACCCCACUCUGGUCUAAGCAUAGCAAGUCCUCUGCCUUCAGGAAGCCCAUGCGGGCCUGGGUCCACUCAGCUCCUGUCCUCCUACCUACUACUGUGCAGAGAAUGUGGAUCGACUAUUCCUCACUUACCGGCAUGCGUCUUUGCAGAGUUUGAUGGGGCGCCGGGCGGAUGACAGCGGGAACGGUUGUGAUCACUGGCGGAAUCCUAGCUACAGUGAUCCUCCUCUGUAUCAUUGCUGUCCUGUGCUACUGUAGGCUCCAGUAUUACUGCUGCAAGAAGAGUACAGACGAUGAGGAUGCCGAGGAGGAGGAGGAGGAAGAGGAGGAACACGACCUUUCCCUCCAUCCCCGAGCCCCCACCUGCAAUGCCUGCAGCUCCCAAGUCCUGGACGGCAGAGGCAACCUGGCGCCUCUCACCAGCGAGCCCUGCAGCCAGCCGUGUGGGGUGGCCAGCCACUGCACCACUUGCUCCCCAUACCGCACCCCCUUUUACAUACGGACAGCUGACAUGGUGCCCAAUGGAGGUGGAGGCGAGAGGCUCUCCUUUGCCCCUACACAUUACAAAGAGGGGGGGACCCCAUCCCUCAAAUUGGCAGCACCUCAGAGUUACCCGGUGACCUGGCCAAGUUCUGGGCAUGAGGCCUUCACUAAUCCAAGGGCUAUUAGUACAGAUGUAUAAUCCUUUCACCCCAAUCUGCACACACCCAACACUGUCCCACAGGAGCAAUGGAGUGGAGGGGACCCUCCAAUAGUCUCCCCCAGGAACCGUCUCAGUUUCUCUGGCUUCCAUAGCAGAAGGUUCACUAGGAUGUGAGCUAGUCAAUGCAUCAAGGACCAGGCAGGAUCGAUGGCCCAGAAGUGGCGCCCCGAGAAGCCUGCAAUGUCACCAGUUUCUCUCCGACUCUUCCCUCUAACAGUCAGCUCUACCACACCUCCCAGUAAGCCCACACCCUUUGCUUCACUGGGCUGUGCGAAGGAACACCAGGGAAAGCCUAAGCAAAGGCUCUGGAGGCUUCUGGGGACCAUGGGAAACAAAGUGGGCAUGGGCACAAAGGGGAAGGUGAGGACUAGAAAUUCCAGAAUUUGAGAGGACAAAGAGGAAAAAGUGUUAAAGGAUCCCCCAGUUUUGCUGGCUGGAAUUCACCCAUGAGGUGAUUUACACUCUAUUUUAAAACUUUGGUGGCCUGCUCGAUAGGUAUAUGAGUUCUGAGAAUACCACAUCUACUAUCUCGCCCCUGCUCAUGAAACACAUCAAAUUAAUGCUAAGUGCCAUGACACACAGCUGUUUAUGGGGACCACAUCAAGGAGAGUCUAUACAACCUUGUCUCUCCCCCCCAAGUCCUUUCUUAUGCCCCCUGCUAGAGAACCUUCCCCAGAUUUCAAUCGCUGUAGUCCGAUAAACCUAGUAAGCAGA